AAAAGAAGUGGCGGAUUAGUACGGCUCACGUGCUGCCAGUCGUCCUACUGUCAAGGCUCGCCGAGAAUAAGCCUGCGCAAUGCUCAAGAAGAAGGCAAGCUGCUUGGCCGCGGAGAUCAUGCGUCACGGCCGCAAGGCAGAGUCCGAGAUGGUGCCCCUCACCGACAAUUCCACCUGCGGAUCAACCUGGAGCGAGCAAGGCACGGAGGAGACGACCUCUUCGACCGUCGCAGUUGUGGGCGGAGCGAAGAGACGCGGCCGACAGGAAGCGGAGCUCGACCAGCAGCGACAGCGACGAAGUCGGCGCGCCUCGUCAGCGUUGUUGGUAGCGUCGGGGCUGGAUGACUGUCAGCAUUCGGUCCCGAGCGUGCGCGGAGCCUCGCCAAAGCCGAACCGGCAGCAGUGGUCCUCCAUGUUGUUCGUCCAGUUGUCGGUCGUGGUUGUGGCGCUGGCGGUUGCCGCUACCAUCGCCCUGGUGUACGCGCUGUCUGACGCCGAGGUGCAGAAUCAGAUUAGCAGUCGACCCUGGGACGACGACAGCGGAAGCGACGCAGUUGGCGGCGACGAACUCACAUUCGGGCCCGCCGCGAUCCGGCUCCACAACGCCGACGUCGAGGACCAAGGUCGUCGGGCCCCUCACAAAACCAAUGCCGCCGCCAAUCUAGAGAAACCAGUCAAGCUAGCUUCCGGUUCUUCUCCAUCCGCCAGAAGCGCUGGAAAGCGUGGACCCUCGACGUUUGAGAUUGGGCGCACUGCUCCCAGUUCGCCAGUCGGUGCCGGAGUUGUAUGGCUAGAGGAUGAAAGGUUAGGGCAAGUACGGCCGGAGGAAUUUCCUCCAGAACCACAGGGUGGAGCUUCUGAACUGGACGGAGGACGCCGACGCCAUUCUGUGUCACCCGACGACAACAGAGUAUCUGGAGUGGCGAAGAGCAGAGACAACUCUUCGUCGGCUGUUCUCGGCAAAAACGCAAACAAGGGGACCUUCGCGAAGAACGGCAGAAACGUGAAGCGACUGAACCGAAAGGCUGUCUUGAGAAAACAAGGUCUCAUGGGACUUUUGAACACCUGAGACAACGUGACGCUAGUCUUCAGCCGAACCCGGGCCUCGCUGUCAAUUGUCCUGUGCACUUUCUCGCGAAAUUUUUUGGCUACGGAUAGAACUUUUGUUCUCUGCAAACUUAUGUUUUCUAAUAAGAGUGCUUACACUGCACGUGCUUAACGCUGGUGCUUGAGCCUACACAUUUUUGUUUGUUUUUCAAAAAGAGUAGUGAACACAUUUCGAAGUCCAAAUAACUUGCCAGAUUGAUUGCUUUCGGUAACACGCAUCAUCUACUGAAUAUCAACAGCGAAUGUCGCUUGAAACAAACUUAAGAUAACGUUUAUAAUAGGUGCGCACUCAAGAACCGCCAA